AUGCAAGAUAAACUGCUAACGGACCCGAGAAUUCUUAUCGAAUUACUCCCAGCGGCUGAUGAAUUAUUCCUUACAGAGUUAUGCGACCAUCUUGAAGAACAUCUUAUCGAUUACAAUGUCAGAUCUUCGAUAAAACAGAAUUUUGUCCUUUCACAUCGCAUAGCGAGGCAAAAUCGGUUUGAAAAAUUUACAGCAUUAUGUGAAAGAAUUCUCGCUCAAGAUCCCGGCGCAUUAUUCAACGCUAAAGAUUUUGCUGACAUAGAACAAGAUGUUUUAUUAUCCAUUUAUCGAGAUUGUGACUCUAAAUUUAGAGAAAUAGAUUUAUGGAAUAAACUAUUAGAAUGGUCAAUCGUUAAUUCUCCAUCAUUACCUUCAGAAAUAUCACAAUGGACGACGGAUGAUGUCUCAACUUUUGGUACUUUGGCAAAACCUUUUAUUCAGUAUAUUAAUCUUAUUUACAUAUCUCCAGACGAUUUUUUUCAUAAAAUUAGACCUUUUCGAAAAAUUUUUGACGUAGAAUAUUAUAUACAAAUCUUGGAAUAUCAUACGUUUACGCAACUUAGAGAAAACACACUUUUCAAUAAACCUAUUCAACCGAAUUUGGACUCAAAGAUAAUUUCUGAGCAACAUAUUACUUUAAUCUCUAAAUGGAUUAAUUCGUUCAAAGUUGAUGAUAAUUCUUCUAAUAAUUCACCACAACCAACUUAUCAAUUUAAAUUAUUAUUACGAGGAAGUCGGGAUGGUUUCACACCAAAAAUGUUUCAUGCUUAUUGUGAUCAUAAAGGUCCUACCGUUACCAUUGUUUACACCAAAAAAAAGAAAAUUAUUGGAGGCUAUAAUCCUUUAGAUUGGCAUUCAAGAUUUAUCGGACACUCAAUGGACAAUUAUGAAAGAACUAAUGAAAGUUUUAUUUUUUCUUUAGACCCAAAACUUGCCAAUAAUUCUAUUGUCAGUAAGAUUGUUGAUGAAAAAUAUGCUAUUUAUCAACGUAUUUAUGCUGGUCCUUGUUUUGGUAAUGGUGGUGAUUUAAUAAUUAAAGAGAAAGCUGGUUUCUGUUAUAAAAAUAGUUAUGAAAAAUGUAUUAUACAAGAUGGUGAAAGUAAUGAAUUUUUGAUUGAUGAUUAUGAGGUUUUUCAAGUAAUUGAAAAUUAA